UUUCCAAGUUGUUGUCUUGGUCAGAAGUGGAACACAACUAGGGUUAGGGCUAGGGUUUCUCCCUUAGUCGCCGCCACCACCACUGCCACCGAAGAUGACUGGUAAGGCGAAGCCGAAGAAGCAUACAGCUAAGGAGAUUCAAGCCAAGAUCGAUGCUGCGUUGACCAACAGAGGCGGAGGAAAGGCGGGAAUAGCCGAUCGGACCGGGAAAGAGAAAGGUGGUCACGCUAAGUUCGAGUGUCCUCACUGCAAAAUCACAGCUCCGGAUCUCAAGACCAUGCAGAUCCAUCACGAGUCGAAGCAUCCUAAGAUCCCUUAUGAAGAAUCCAAGCUCGUGAAUCUCCAUGCUGUUUUAGCUCCUGUAGCCGAGUCCAAACCUAAACCUGGAAUCAGGGGGAGCUUAAAGAAGUAACUUUCCUGAAAAUUUAUCUAUCUUUUAUGUUUGUUUAAGACGAUGAUUUGCUACUCUACCCCCUAAUCUAUCAUGUUGAAUCAGGGGGAUGCUUAUGGCAUUCUACCUUUUUUUUAAUGAUCUCAUACUUGUUAUCUGCUGUUUUAUCAAAAGGAGGGGGAUGUUAUAUGAAUAAACUGAUCUUUGAACUC